AUGAAUCAAUCGUUUGAUAUUCAAGAAAUGUGGAAAAAUUCUUGUCUUUUGACGCGUCUUGUUGCUGUUUCCUUAAAUGCUUCAGAAUCAGCUGGAACGAUAAUAAAGUGUGUAAUGACGUCUGGAGAUUUAAAGAUUGUUGACAAAAAUUUGGAUGGUUUAAAAAAAGAUUUGCAAACCGAGGCGGACAGAUCAGCCCAGGCGGCAAUUGAAAUGAAACUAAUUUCUGCAUUUGGAAAUAAACUUCAAAUUGUCGGAGAAGAGGAAUUGCCUUUGUCUUAUUCACAAAAAAGCCAAGAUGAACUUAGAGGGUUUGAAUUGUCUGAAUCAGUGAGUGAGGUGCUACUUGUGGACAAAUGUGUACAAGAAGAUUUACGCUCUCUUAACAUUGAAGAUCUGACUGUUUGGGUUGAUCCUUUGGACGGAACAUCGGAAUUUGUUAGAGCGCAAAACGAUCCAAGUCUGUUAGAGCAAGUAACUGUUCUCAUCGGAAUUACUUACAAAGGCCGACCAAUCGCGGGUGUGAUUCAUCAACCUUAUUAUAACUUACUGUCAGACCCUAAAGUUGGACGUUCGAUUUGGGGGAUAAAAGGAGUUGGAGCUUUUGGAAUUAAUACUUGUAAAGAAUCCCCUCCAUCUGGUCCUUUCGCCGUUACAACUGCAAGCCAUUCUAACGAAUUGGUUGAUACUGCUCUUAAAGCCCUCCAGGAAAAAAAUUUAAUCCACGAAUUUCGUAGGGUUGGUGGUGCUGGUUUCAAAGUUUUGUGUUGCUUUGAGGGUGCGGCGGCUUAUGUAUUCGCUUCGGGAGGUUGUAAAAAAUGGGACACUGCUGCACCUGAAGCUGUUUUAACUGCCGCUGGUGGUACUCUUACUGAUAUAUCUGGCUUUCCUCUUUUAUAUGAGAAAAAUGGACAAAUGCAAAACAGUCACGGUGUUUUGGCCACAGCGCCUUGGAUUAAUCAUCAAACAUUUGUAUCCGCUAUACCCCAGCAUGUAAAGGAUUCGCUUUUUCAACAUAAAGAUAAAACUAGAGGUUUAUGA